CCGUUGAAGCCGGUAAUAAUGGACAAGGACAGUCUGAUUCUCCCCAAAGGCUUUCCAGAGCUGAAAAAUGACACAUUCCUAAGAGCUGCGCGAGGAGAGGAGAUUGAGCACAUUCCAGUGUGGUGUAUGAGACAGGCCGGCCGCUAUCUGCCAGAGUUCAGGGAAUUUAGGGGAGUGAAAGAUUUCUUUGAGACAUGCCGUUCCCCUGAAGCUUGCUGUGAGCUUACGUUACAGCCACUCCGACGAUUCCCAUUUGAUGCUGCUAUCAUCUUCUCUGACAUCUUGGUGGUCCCUCAGGCCAUGGGAAUGGAGGUUCAGAUGAGUCCAGGAAAAGGCCCCACAUUCCCAGAACCACUGAAGGAGCCUGAAGAUCUGCAGAGACUAAAGACUAAAGUGGACGUGUCGUCUGAACUCGACUACGUUUUUAAAGCCAUCACGCUGACACGACACAAAAUCGAGGGAAAAGUUCCUCUCAUUGGCUUCACUGGAGCUCCGUGGACUCUAAUGUCCUACAUGAUUGAAGGAGGAGGCUCUGUGACACACUCGAAGGCUAAACGCUGGCUCUACAGGUACCCAGAGGCCAGCCACAAACUACUGAGCCAGAUAACAGAUGUCAUCGUGGAGUAUCUUCUUGGGCAGGUGAAAGCUGGAGCUCAGGCUCUGCAGGUUUUCGAGUCUCAUGCUGGUUGUUUGGGCCCAGUGGAGUUUAAAGAGUUUUCUCUGCCAUAUCUGAGAGACAUUGCUCACCGUGUUAAGGACAAGAUCAAAGAAUCUGGUUUAGACAAUGUGCCUAUGAUUGUUUUUGCUAAAGAUGGUCAUUAUGGACUUGAGGACCUCUCUGAGUCUGGUUAUGAAGUCGUGAGUCUCGACUGGACCAUAGAUCCGCGUUCAGCACGUGUCAGGACUGGAGGAAAAGUUAGUUUGCAAGGCAACAUGGAUCCCUGCGCUCUAUAUUCCACAAAGGAGCGCAUAUCAGAGAUCGUGAGGAGGAUGUUGGAGGGCUUUGGCACCAAGGGCUACAUCGCUAAUCUGGGUCAUGGCCUGUACCCUGAUAUGGAUCCAGAAAAUGUGGGCGCGUUUGUGGAGGCCAUACACACCCAUUCUCGCCAGCUCCUCAACCGCAAAUAAGACGUUACUCUCCUAUCAGAACACCUCAAGCCAAUGAGAAACAACAACUGUUGGAGUUAAGCGCUCGCUGUAGCAUCAGAUGUGUUCUAGGAUGAAUCUCACAAAACCUGUCAAAAAAAUCCAUUUGUAUUUCACUCUAAAAUCAAAAGAGAAAAAGAAUACAGCAAUACCAUAGUGUGAAUUUUUGUUAUAU